AUGAUCCCCCAGAACGACCGUCGCAAGACGUCUCGCCUAUAUAAUAACCAGCUACCGUCUCUAUUUGAUGGUCCUGCUGAACCCCCGCCACAACAAGACUUAGACCCUUCCGCUAUAUCGGCUCCUACCCAACCCGAAUCUUUCAGUCCCAUCUUUGAAGAAGCACCCUCCCAGAAUCCGAACGACCCUAAUUCUAUGGACUUUUCGUACCCACGCAUGCAAAAUCCGCCCAUAUUGGACGAGCAUCCUCUAGAUUACGACCGGGACCGUCUUCCAUAUGAGCCGUUUGCUGUAAGCCCAGCAAUGGGUAAUGACUUCUCCUCGCUAAACCCCAUGGGCUACGCUCACAUUGACCCCAACUCGAACAACCAUUCGGCAGGAUCGACCUCUGGUUCAGCUCUGACUCUGGGCCCACCUUCGGCACCGGCCCUGACCGAGGGCCUGGUCAGACUACCUCCCCACCACCAUCCACAGCAGCCGCAUCUUAAUGGCUCCAUGGGCCGCGGGAUCAACGGCAUGGCAUCGUUUAACAACCCUCAAUUCCUCUCGGGUAAUUACACGGGACUCAAGAAGUGGGAUGAUGAGGACUCACAGACCUCUCUCCAAAACACUUACAAUGAGAACGCUCAAGCAGGAGGACACGCCAACACCAAGCCCCAGCAGCCUGUACGUGCAAAGUCUGCUCACAAUUUGAUUGAACAGCGAUACAGAAAUAAGAUUAAUGACCGCUUCACAGCUCUUCAGAUGCUGGUACCUACCCUUCGUGUCAUUGCAAAGAAAUCACACAAGAAUAGAUCGGGCUCAGUUGGCUCGCGUGAAGAGGAUGACGAAGAGGAGGAUGACAUUUGCACUCCACUGCUUGAGCAUGCCGAAGACCUUGAAGGCUUGGAACCCGCCAGAAAGCUCAAUAAGGGCACUAUUCUAGCCAAGUCGAUCGAGUACAUCAAGUUUCUCGAGCGUAAGAACGAAAGAAUAAAGAUGGAGCACCGUGAAUUGAUCGAAAGAGCCAGAAUGAUGGGUAUCCAAAUCGAUGAAAGUUUGUUGGAUGGCCGUUAA